AUGGACUCAGCUCCACCACCGUAUUCAGCAGCAGUUGGUGGGAAUCCAGUUGGGACCCAAGGAACACACGUAACACAAUCACAGGUGGUUCUCGUCCCUAUAAUAGUGCAGUCACAAUUCAAAUUGGUCGAUUAUGAUAAACCAUACGUUGAGUAUUGUCCGAUGUGUCAGACUAAUGUAACAACUAGAACCGUUUGUGUUGCUGGACCUUGUUGGAGUAUGAUAAUGGUGUUCGCUAUUGUCUUCCUACUCCUUCCUCUUCUAUUCUGUCUAUGCUGGUCUGGAACCAAAGAUGUACGACACUAUUGUCCAAACUGUGGUUCUCUGAUUGCUUAUAAACGACGAGGUUGUGGAGGAUAA